AUGAUCCUUUCAAAGAUAUCCUCUCUAUUCUCCAUCUUAUUUGUCUUCUUGCUACUCAUCAACACCUCCAAGGCAGAUGUGUCGAUUUCAACACCUGCAAGCAGCAAGACCUUCACUGUUUCAGGAUCCACUGUCAGUGUCGACAUCACUUGGAUCGACGAUGGUACCUCUCCCUCAGUAUCCGAUGUCGUAAGCUACACCUUUGUCCUUUGUACCGGCCCAAGUAGUGAAAUUACUGCUGUUCAAACCAUUGCCGAGAGUCAGACCAUCACCAGUAACUCUUAUACUGCCCUGAUUCCUGCCAGUGCAGGGGCCGAUGGGGUUUACUACAUCCAAAUAUACGCCGUAUAUUCUAAUGGGCACACCAUCCAUUACACCAGAAGAUUCACUCUCUCAGGAAUGACCGGGACUACUGAACCUUCCGGUGCAAUCACUGAUAGUGUUCCUUCUGCCCAAGCCGAUAUCACCACCUCCACCUCCACCGCAGUCACCGCCACCAUGGAUGUCAGUGCCUCGUUCAGUGUUAUCUACACUUUACAAACUGGGAUCUACAGAUUUGCCCCAAUGCAAAUGCAGCCUGGUUCCACCGUCACUGCCUCCACCUGGUCUCGUAAAUUCCCUACUAGUGCCGUUACUUAUUAUACCUCUCCUCUGUCGGCAGCAUAUCAGGAAAGUACUCUUACCCCAGGCUGGUCGUAUACCAAGGUCUCUAUUAUCAACCACGCCAGUGCUUUGGGUAGUGCUACUGGAGGUUAUGCAGCAUCAAAGAAAGUGAAAACUCCUUAUAUCAGUGCAACAGCUACCACUUCAAAGCAAAAGAGAUUCUUGGAUCUUGAUUAG